AUGAUUCUCGCGGCGGAGCGCCAGGCGCAGGACCGCGGGUCCGCGGUCCACGGCGUCACGCAAUUCAGCGACCUGACCCCGACGGAAUUUGCAUCCACCUUUCUCGGCACGAAGCUCGCGAACGAGGACGUCGCGGCGAUCCGCUCCGGCAUGACGACGCUCCCCGACUAUCCCGCGCACGACCUGCCCCUAGAGUUCGACUGGCGCGAACGGGGCGCGGUCACCCCGGUCAAGAACCAGGGCGCGUGCGGGUCGUGCUGGACCUUCAGCGCCACCGGCGCGGUGGAGGGGGCCAACUUUCUGAAAACCGGGGAGCUCGUCUCCCUGUCCGAGCAGCAGCUCGUGGACUGCGACCACACGUGCGACCCGAGCGCCCCGCGCAACUGCGACUACGGAUGCAACGGCGGCCUACCCCUGAACGCGAUGCGAUACGUCCAGAAGCACGGGUUGGACACCGAGAGUAACUACCCGUACAAGGGUGUCGACGGCAAGUGCGCCAGCGCGAGACACGGCCCAGCCGCCGCGUCGGUGUCUUCGUUCAACUUGGUGUCCACCAACGAGACGCAGAUCGCCGCGGCGCUGCUGAAGCACGGCCCGCUGUCCAUCGGCAUCGACGCCGCGUGGAUGCAGACCUACGUCGGCGGCGUGGCGUGCCCGUGGAUCUGCAACAAAGCGGGACUGGACCACGGCGUGCUCAUCGUGGGAUACGGCGUCAACGGGACGGCGCCCGCGAGGCCGUGGCACAGGCGACAGGACUACUGGAUCGUGAAGAACAGCUGGGGUCCGAAUUGGGGGGUUGAGGGGGGGUACUAUCACAUAUGCAAGGAUCGCGCGGCGUGCGGUCUGAACACCAUGGUGGUGGCAGCGGAUGCGUGA